UAUGACACUUUGGUAAUUGGUGAUAUAGAUAACGCUCGGUUUAUUUUGGUUAUUAUUAUUUAUUUUACUUAAAUAUGGUUGCGUUUUAACUGUGACAUGGUGGGAGUGUAUCUUUAAGUGAAAUAGACAGUUAUUUAGUUCUUCAUUUAAAAAGUUAUAAGGAUCAUAAAAUACGGAGUUUGAAAAGCUUGAUUGACGGGGAUCGAAAAAAUACUGUUUAUAAAGAAAAGUGUACAAGUAAAUACUGAAUACAUAUAAUUUGUAAGUGGGCGAUAUACGUAGUAAAUAAAAUAUGAACGUAAAUGCGAUUUAAAAGCGAUAAAUAAAGUUGACGAGAUAAUAUUGGUGUUUUAAAAUGUGUUUUUGUUUUCUAAGUAAGUGAGUGGUGCAAGUAUGAAAAUGUGUACUUUAUGAAAUAAAAUAGUGAACUAAAAUAUAAUGAAUAAAUAUAUCGAGCGUGUGUGGUGCGGACUCGUUCUGAGAUGAACAGAUUUGACAGUACGGCUAAACGGGACAAAGAUGACGAAAAUGCGAGGGGAAAUUGUACGAAACAAACAAAAAUUCUUGAGUUGGACCUCGAUUACCUGGAGCGCGGUGGAGGUGGCACCAUGACAGUGGGCGCGCCCAGCGUGGAACCCAGCCCAGACAGCUUGGACCUCAUCAAAGUGGUCCUACUCGGCGCCCCGGCUGUGGGCAAAACUAGUAUUAUACAGCAAUUCGUGUGGAGCGAUUUCUCCGAGGAGUACAUACCGACGGACAGAAAACACACAUUCUAUCCUUCGGUGAUCAUAAAUGAGCACCUCUACGAAGUUAAAAUCACUGACGUGCCAGUCAUCCCUUACUUCCCCAUCAACUCGUACUACGAGUGGGCACACUACCGUUUCUACGGACUAAGGAACGCCACUGCGUAUAUCCUGGUAUUCGAUUUGUCAAACGUCGAGACAUUCCAGUACAUCCGCACGCUCAGAGACCAAAUGGUCGAGAGCAGAGACAUGAGGAAUGUUCCCGUCCUCGUCGUUGGAAACAAGCAAGACUUGCUUUGCAGUAACACGCCGUCAGCCGCAAGCGGUCUACAACAGCUAGCCAUAGCUGAAAGCGCUUGCGGAGAUUCAAGAGAAAAACGAAGGAAUAUCGUCAAUCUUGUUCGCAAGCAUUGGAAGUGUGGUUACGUGGAGUGUUCCGCUAAAUAUAACUGGAGGGUUAUAGCUGUGUUUAAAGAGUUGAUGGAGAUGAUUGAUGCUCUAGAGUGGAGUGGUGGGGGGAGGAGUUCUGAACCCCCUCCAGACUCCUCGGCGGGGGGCGCGUCCGAAAACAGAUGCACCGUCACUUAGCACCAUUGCAAGACUUAUAAGGAACGUUUGAAGAUUGAAUGGAAAAAGUUUUGUUGAGAUUGGACAAUGUUUGAAACGCACACUAGAUUAGUGUUCUCGAUGUUAAAAUACAGUUCUUAACUACUUUGAAAAAAUCACAUAUCUCACACUGCUCCUCAAAGACAAAACGUAGUAAGUCUAUAUGCAUUGCAUACAUACUUAAUACAUUUUUCUCUUCAUUUACAGAAGAAGAUACAAGUUUUUUUCAAAGUAGUGCCGAGUAGUUGUUAUAUUCCAUGUAAGAAAUAUCAGUUUUUCGAAAACACGAUUCAGCUUAACAUUAAUUCUCUUGUUUGAGGUUCGGACACGCGUCAUGUUUUUCUCUGAAUCGAGUCUGAAUAUUUGCUUUUCGUGUAUUUUUAUUUACCAAAGCUAUCGUUCCAUUUUCAUUUACAUCCGUUCCGAAUUUAUCAUAACAACAUAAAUUAAAUAUAAGAAGAUCAUACGAUUCCAUACAUUAAAAUGCGACCCCCUAAGAACGCGCAUAC